GCCGGAAUCUAGGUGACUGAAACGACAAAAUCAACUGCCAAAACUUAUAAUACUUGUUAUAAAUACUUGUCUUGCGUGGCCAUCUUUACUCGGGCCGAAAAGUUUGUCGGCAUACAAAAACAAAGCGGCACAAAUAAGUUUUGCCAGUUUUAUACCCGAUCCAAUAUUGCCAACGUUACAGUUUUAAUCAAAAAUGUCACUUGCUGAUUAGUUGUUCACCUUAGGUAGACGUCAAAGCGUGAUGGAUACUCCUGAAAUAGAGCUUAAGGAGAAAUCUAUAGGUUAUGUUUAUUUUUAAAUUAAAGUGAGGUUAUAGUUGUCAUUGGCAAAGUGCUGCUUAAAACAAUAUUUGUGCGAAACUAAAAGACAAGAAAAACUACCAAUUUUGUAAUAUUAACGUCACAAAAGAUUAGUUAAAAACGCUUUCCCUAGAAAUGCAUUUUUUUCUAUAACUUAUUUGAUAUAUUAUUUCAACCUUCGUUUCUGAUAAACACAACUGGUAACAUCAGGGCAUAAUGAAGGUAAAAGUAAUCAGCAGGAAUCCUGAUGAGUACCUAAGAGAGACAAAGCAUGACAUACAUAAAGUUCAAAGGAAUUUUGACCCUGCUCUCCAUCCCUUUGAAGCAGCUAGAGAGUAUACACGUGCUUUAAAUGCAGUCAAGCUCGAAAAAGUAUUCGCAAAGCCAUUCAUAGGCAGCCUGGAUGGACACAGAGAUGGGGUUUCAUGUAUUGCUAAACACCCAAAAAAACUAUCUAUUUUAAUCAGUGGUGCAUUUGAUGGGGAAAUCAGAAUCUGGGACUUGCCUCAGCAAGUUUGCUUGAAAAAUUUUGUAGCACACAAUGGCAUCAUCAGAGGUAUUGCAUAUACACCAAAAGGCAAUCGCUUCAUAAGCAUAGGCGAUGAUAAGACAAUAAAAACCUGGAAUAUUAAAGAACAGGAAGACUGUGAAGUAAAUGAACCAAAAAACACAAUCCUGAGCAAAACUGUCUUGAAUAAUAUCAGCUUUCAUGGCAAAGCGUCAACAUUUGCUACUGUGGGUGAGGUAUGUCAGAUAUGGGAAGAAUCAAGGAAUACUCCAGUGCGUACUAUUGAAUGGGGUGUUGAUAGCCUCCAUGAUGUGGCAUUCAAUCCAGUGGAACAUAAUAUUCUAGCAUCUUGUGCCAGUGACAGAAGUAUCAUACUGUAUGAUAUCAGAGAUACAGACCCAUUGAGAAAAGUAAUUAUGAAUCUGAGGACAAAUAAAGUUUGUUGGAACCCUAUGGAGCCUUUCAUAUUUACGGCUGCUAAUGAAGACUAUAAUCUAUAUACAUUUGAUACAAGGAAUCUUAAACAUCCAACCAAUGUUCAUAUGGACCAUGUAUCUGCAGUUACCUAUGUAGAUUAUGCUCCUACAGGUAAAGAAUUUGUAUCAGGAAGUUAUGAUAAAACAAUAAGGAUCUUUGAGGCUGGCAAGGGACAUUCAAGAGAAGUAUAUCAUACAAAGCGAAUGCAAAGGUUAACAUGUGUUUUGUGGUCUUUGGAUAAUAAAUACAUAAUAAGUGGGUCAGAUGAAAUGAAUAUAAGGCUAUGGAAAUCCAAGGCAUCAGAAAAAUUGGGACCUCUUAAACCAAGAGAAAAAGCUGCUCUGAGGUACAGUGAGGCCCUGAAGGAAAAAUAUGCGAGUCAUCCACAGAUCAAGAGGAUUGCCAGGCACAGACAUGUACCAAAACAUAUAUACAAUGCUCAAAGGGAAUUGAGGACUAUCAAAGAGAAGGUGAAGAGGAAGGAGGCAAACAGACGUGCACAUUCCAAGCCUGGAGAAGUUCCAUAUGUACCAGAGAGGAAGAAACAUGUUGUAAAAGAGCAAAGUUGACAUGUUACUUUAUGAAGUUUAAUAAAAAAAGAUGUGUACAACUGUAGUAUUAUAU